AUGAUCCAGAUCCAGAUCCAGUUCUUCUCCUCUAGCUCGCCUGUACUGCGUGCUGCAGACCCAUUCUACGUGGUCGUCCGCCCCGACAUCUGGGCUGUGGUGUUUUUACAAGGGGCGUUGAGUUCGUUCACUGGUGCUACCGCCCUCAGGGAGGCGGUUCAAGUCCUCAAUAUGCCUGUGCCACUAGCGGUCGCGGCCCCAGCAGCCGCCGCCGCGGCAGCAUAUAUCAAUGCGAAGGCACAGGUGUGGUACGAUUACACAAUGCUCACCUGCGUCGUGCCCGUCGCGCUGGGAAUGUUCUGGCGCGAGCGGACGGGAAGGCUGAGCUUGUUCUAUGACCUCGAAUAUUACGCAACCAGCGCCAGUACAAGGGAUAUGCCCUUCCUGCUGUUUGAGGACAAACAGUGGACCUUCAAAGAGGGGCUGGAGGAGACCUUGAGGUACGGGACUUGGUUGCGAGAGACGUUCGGGAUCAAGAAGGGCGACAUCGUGGCUAUGGACUUCCCUAAUAGCCACUUGUUUGUCUUCGUUUGGAUGGGCCUCUGGAGCAUUGGUGCCAAGCCUGCGUUUAUCAAUUACAACCUCACCGGCCAGGCGCUUGUGCAUUGCGUCCGCGCGGCGGGUACCAGCAUCAUGCUCAUUGACCCGGCAGUGGCACCUAACAUCGACGACUACGUCCGCAAAGAGCUUGCCGACGUCAGGCUCGAGUUCCUGACCCCCGAGCGUCAGAAGGAGAUCCUGGCAACGAAGCCUGUGAGAUUGCCUGACGAGGCGCGAACAGAGGAUGGGAUCGACAAGAUGGCCAUUUUGAUUUAUACAUCUGGCACGACAGGGCUGCCCAAGGCGGCCGUUGUCAGUUGGGGCAAGGUACGCGCAGCGGGAGGGUUUUCCGCGAGGCUAAUCAAGGCGAGGCCCGGCGAGAUUUUCUAUACAAGCAUGCCACUCUAUCAUUCGUCGGGUGCUCUCCUCUGCUUUGCCAAUUCGCUUCUCAUGGGCGCUACUGUCGCAUUGGGGGCCAAGUUCUCCACGCGCACCUUUUGGCGCGAGGUGAGACAGCACAGGGCCACCAUGAUCCAAUACGUUGGCGAGACACUUCGCUACCUGCUGGCAGCGCCAGCCGAGAUCGACCCGCAGACGGGGGAGAACAUGGACAAGAAGCAUACCGUACGCGUCGCGCUCGGGAACGGCCUCAGACCUGACGUGUGGAACCGUUUUAAGGAACGUUUUGGCGUGGAGUACAUUGCAGAGUUCUACGGCGCGACGGAGGGCAGCUUUGCAACGUGGAAUCUGAGCAGGAAUGACUUCAGCAUGGGCGCUGUGGGACGGAAUGGCUGGCUGUACUCGUUAUUUGUCGGCCUCGGGACGGCCAUCGUCGAGGUGGACUUCAGCACCGAUCUACCGUACCGGGACCCCAAGACGGGCCUCUGCAAGGCUUCGAAACCCGGCGACCCGGGCGAGUUCUUGUUCAAGCUGCCGGAGAAGGAGCUGGAAAAACGCUUCCAGGGGUACUACAAUGACCGGGCUGCGACAAACAAGAAGAUCCUGAGGAAUGUGUUCAAGAAGGGCGAUGCGUGGUUCCGGACAGGGGAUGUGAUGCGGUGGGACAACGAGGGCCGACUAUACUUCCACGACCGGAUCGGCGACACGUUCCGGUGGAAGGGCGAGAACGUGUCAACGGCGGAGGUGUCGCAGGUGUUGGGCCUGCUCCCGGCGGUGCACGAGGCGAACGUCUAUGGCGUUCAGCUGCCUCACCACGACGGCCGGGCGGGCUGUGUGGCGCUGAUCCUCAACGACGGCUUCGCGCACACGAAGGGUGAGGUGCUGAAGAGGCUGGCGGAACACACGCGCAAGGAGCUCCCGAGAUACGCGGCGCCCAUAUUCCUGAGGGUCACGACGCCGGGCAAGAUGGCAACCACGGGGACGAACAAGCAACAGAAGCAUGACCUGAGGGUGCAGGGGGUAGACCCGGGCAAGAUGGACGGCGAUGAGCUGUACUGGCUCGAGCAGGGUGACUAUGUCCCGUUUACAGAGGCGCACUGGGACGCACUGAAUGCUGGGCGGGUGAAGCUGUAG